AAAAUAAAAUAAAUAAAUAAAUAAUGUAUGCAUCAUGUAAUGGUGGCUGCUGCUGGCAUUAAAAAAAUAUGCUUAAUACUAAUAUGAAAUCUUACUUGCCAGUAGUAAAGCAUCUAUACAUCAUCAUAUCCACUAAUAUUUAAUUUAUCAAUUACAAGACUAAAAAAAAAAAAAUGUAUAUUUUAUUUUUCGUUUCCUCCUUUCUAAAACAAAGUUUGCUUAAUGUACUUCUUUAAGCAAUGUCUCAUUUCAGUUUUAAUUUGCUUACAUUCUCCCUUGUUGAAUGCUUGUGGAAUUGCUGUUCACAAUGAAAUUACUUACCGUUCUAUAGAAAAUUUUAUUCCUGAAAAUGAUAUACAACAAUCUUAUAAGAAUGAUAUACUUGACUCAGUGGGUUUUGUUCAAGCUGGCUCAUUCUUUCCUGACUGGGGAUAUCAAUGUUUGGGUAAUAAUCAGCAAUCAGAAGAUGCGCACUGGCCAACUUUCAUAAAAGUAGCUGUCAAUUAUGUUCGAGAAGUUUAUCCUAUAAACCAAUUUCAUUCAAAUAAACAUGUUAAAGGACUAAUAUCAUUCAUCUUUGCCAUCAUGUCGCAUGAUAUGGCGGAUAUAAAAUGGCAUAGCUUAGGAGGUUUAUCUGAUUAUUUUAUUGUUGCUAUGGCAAAUUCCGAUUUCCAUAGUAAUGAUGAAGAAGCCCAUUUAGCAGCAGACGCAGGAGGAGAAUUCACAUUACGACAUUCAAGCGAGUUAUCCUAUCUUAAUGAGACCUGGCAAGUGCCUAUCAAAGAUAUAAUUGAGAUUUAUAAAAGACUUUAUAUAAAUACUACUACAGUAAAGGUACCUUUAGAAUCGCAUCUUCGUUAUUGUAUGGCAACUGCCUUUGCCGCUUCAAAAAUCGAUGUUGAAUUUGGACAGCUGAUGUUUGGUUAUUAUGGAUCUAGAAGUCCAUUUUUAAUUGAAGAAUUUUAUGAUUAUUACAGGGGAGGUAUUGAAGAUAUAUCAGGAAGUGUAACUGAUUGUUAUCCGCAAAUGAUUGAUGCCUUUGAGAAUGGAGCAAUCCACAGCGAUCCAGAUAUUUUAUGUGCUAAUUAUUUUUCAACUAUGGGCAGUAGUCAUCAUAAUAAAAAAAGAAAAAAGAAGAGACAAAUCACAUGCCCACUAAUUCAAUCCCAGUGCAAAUCCUCAUCAUUAUUACACAAUAAAAUGUAUGAAAGUUAUGAUUCUGUAUCAGGUGUCUUAACUAUUACAUUAGAUAAACGAUAUACCAAAAAUCAAUAUACCACCAAGAAGAUAACUGAUAAAGAAUCAUUAUUACCUAUAGUAGAAGAAACAACGGUGAUUGAUAAGCAGCGAUAUGGAAUUAGAAACAAGAACGAUCAAUACCAAUUCCAAGUCCCACUAGGUCCAAAAAAAAUGAAUAAUAAUAAUAAUUCAAUGAAUGAAAAUAUAAAGUAUAGUGCCACUAAUACAAUAAAUAACGAGAUUAACCAGCAGCAAUGUCUAUCACUCGACAAUAAUUUGAUUUCAGGUAUUACUUUAACUUUAUCCACGUCCUUUGCUAGAUUAGGCCAUCAGGUCAUUAUAGGAGACUUUAAUGGUAAUGGACAACUUGAUAUGGCUAUUUCAGCACCUUAUUAUUAUAAUCACAACCGUCAUAUUCAAACAGGUGCAGUAUUUAUUUUACAAACAGUUUCUGAAAUCCUUCUAAAUGAGAACCAAUAUCAAAAGCCUUAUGAUAUACGAAAUUUUACACAAAACCAAUUACUUGAAGGAGAUGUAAACCAUGGACGAUUUGGCUGGUCUAUGUUAUCGAUUGAUAUGAAUCAAGAUGGUAUUGACGACUUGGUAGUUUCAACCCCUUUCCUUGAAGGAGGAGGAAGUGGGUGGGUUGAUGUUUAUUUUGGUCGAGUUUUGGUCGGACUUUCUUCUUCCUCACAACCAGACAUUCGAAUUUUUUUGUCCCAAGAAUCAUUACUAGGAACGGUUUUAGUGGGGAUUGAUGUGAAUCAGGACGGUUUCAAAGACCUGAUUAUAGGCUGUCCAUUAUGUUCUAUUGACAAUCAAUCACAAACGGGAAGAGUUUACAUUAUUAAAAGUUCAUCAAGUUUAGCUCGUUAUCCUGCAACUAUAACGCAAGCUGACUGGAUUAUUGAUAAUCCUAAUAUACAAGAGGAUGUAUCAAGAUCUGCGUAUGACCAUUUUGGUGAAUCAAUCCUACUAGUCAAAGAUACUCUAUUAAUUGGAGCUCCAGGUUAUUGUAUUAAUAUGAAACAAAAAGUAGGUCGAGUUUAUGCUUUUGAUAUAAAAACAAAAAAGUUGAAAUGGAUCAUGUCUGGUUCCAAAGAAUUUCAACAAUAUGGGAAAAGGCUUGCUACAGACAAUAAAGGUAGUUUAUUAGCUAUAUCAAGUCCAUCAGAAGAAACAUCUAUUGGAUUAAGAAAGUUCUGGCAAGGAGGAACUGUAAGAAUUUAUGAUUGGGAUAAAAUACAAUCUAAUAAGGGUACAGCUUUAAUACCACGAUUUGAAAUGGAAAAUGGUAUGAUAAGUAUUAUUAAAGGCCGUACAAAUGCAGGUCAUUUAGGACAAUCUAUUUUAUUUGUAAAUGAUGAUAACAAUCAUAAUAUAUCGAGUAUAUGGAUAGGCGAACCCUUAUCUGAACAAGAAAAGGGACGUAUUUAUCAUUGGUCUUUUAAUAAUAGAAAUAGCCAAGUUAGAUGUAUUAGAAAUAAUCAGUUAAUCUUAGCACGGUUUGGGUCACAAAUCGGGCAAUUAGGUACAAAUGCUAUUUGUAUCACUUCACAACAUUAUGGUCAAAAUGCAUUGUAUUCUGGAGCUGUCACUUUAUUGAAAGGGAAAAUCAUAUAAUAUUUUAAAUAGCAGGAGGAGAAGAAGUCUAUUUACUACAAAGUAUAAAAAAGAAAGAAAAAAGUAACUUUGAACUUACUUAAGUGAGACAUUUUUCAUACUUUUGUUCCCGAUUGUCUUGGAAAAAAUUUUUUUUUUCUUUUUUAAAACGCCAAUAUUUGCCCUGGACUAACUGCAUGACUGUAUUGAACCACUGAAAAAAAA